UCAGCUACGCAUUUCGCCGAAUUCAGAGCCGCCAAAUCCACAGUGGAGCAAUCUCGAAGAGAAGAGUAGAACUACCGAUCCAGUUCUCUCAUCAGGCAUGACGGCCGGAAAAAUUAUUGGAACGACUGUUGCAGUCUGCAUUUUAUCAUAUGUAUCCGAUACAGUAGUUUCAGAUGUAAAGAUUUUUGGAGGUACAACCCCCAAAACAGUCUCGGACAAGAGCUGGUGGGAGGAGACUGAUAAGAAGUUCCAGGCAUGGCCUCGUACUGCUGGACCACCCGUCGUCAUGAAUCCUAUUCGCCGACAGAACUUCAUCGUCAAUUCGUCUGAGUCAUGAAGAAGGGAAGCCAUUUGUAACAUUCUGCUGCCAUUUUGAUCUCCCAUUUUUUCUGUUCUGUUUGAAAAUUAUUGCUUACUGGAGAUGUCCAAGUCGUAAUAAUUUCUCCAGAUUGACUCCGG